AUGGCAUCUCCAAAUCAGCAAGAGCGAGAAAUCCGAACAUCCGAAACCGAAUCCACGGAUCUUUCGCUCCCCCUCAUACGCUCUUCACUCUACCUGAUCGAUCAUCGCACGGGCCUCAAUGAAUCAGCACCGGCUCCAAGUCUCACCGGCACUUCUGGAGUGAGCAUAGAGGAAGUAACAUGUGUGGCCGACGAUAUGGCUCCUCAAGAAAUUGUCCCCUCAUUGAAUGAGCUUGACUCAAUGGGUCCGCACAAUAAACGCAUUGCAUCCGAGUCUGUACAGAAACGGGAAGACUCUGAGCAGAAACGGGAAGACUCUGAGAACAUUGGAUUCUAUCCUAUAUGCAAAGUGUGGGUUCUUGAGAUUGUCUUCAUCAUACUCGGCAUCGUACUGUUUCUGGCAAUCGUCGUGGCUUUUAUACAGCUGAACGAUAAAAGCUUACCAAACUGGCCACUAGCCAUCACACUGAACACUCUCGUUGCAUUUCUCGCCAUAAGUUCCAAAGCUGCUCUUACAGUUCCCGUAUCCGUCGCGAUCAGUCAGGCGCAAUGGAACUGGUUCCAGCAAGAGCGACCACUCUAUGACUUUCAUACCUUUGACCAGGCCAGCAGAGGACCCUGGGGCUCAUUGGUCUUCCUAAAGCGAAUCCACUUCAAACACUUUGCCAGUAUCGGUGCUUUUCUUAUGGUUGCAAGCCUCUUCACUUCUCCGAUUACCCAACUCGCAAUCAGCUAUCCGAUUAGAAGUAUAGCUGUUCAAGGAAUUGCUAAUGUUGGCAUCGUUCCUUCGAUUUUCUAUCCAGAUUCAAUUCAUCUUUCCGUCAUGCAAGCACUUAUUUUAUCAACAGCAUUGGACACGAAUCAAUUUCGGACCUCCAUUGAGCCCGAGGGAGCUUCUUGCUCAACCGGAAAUUGUACAUUUGAUACAUAUGCGUCGCUUGGUGUCUACCUAGAAACGACCAACAUCUCCUCACAGUUGCGCAUCGAGCAGCUACCCGAUGAUGAGCCAACAGGCAUUAGGCUUUUCGAUUCCUUGACGAAAUUCCCCGUUAUACUCCCUGGGGCAGGGAAGGUAUGGAAGGCGUCUGUCCCUGGGGGUCCAGUUCUCAUAAGCCAAACUGGCUUUGCCUCGAUUUUAGGCAUGUUGAACGGAAGUGAAAGUAUUGGUUUCCCGAAUAGCGGCGACUUGAUGCGAACAAGGCUUCUCUCUAUGGUGCUUAUCUUCGCGAAGCCCAUUAUGCUCUAUAAUCCUUUUGAAAACGGCACACAACCAACCUUCCAAACGAUGUUAAAUUCAACCAGUGGGUUCCAGUUCGAGGCUUUGGAGUUCUUCUUCCAUCUUUGCGUUCACACAUACAAUACAACUGUACGAAUGGGUAAAGAGAUCACUCGAAUAAAACAGUCCGCCUUCGAGACUCUUAACAAGGAUCCCGGGGCGUUUCUAGAUCUUACUUGCGAUUCGUUAGUCAACGAUCUCCGUAUGGAUUGCCCAACGAACAAGCUACGGCACAACAAAACAAUGUAUUUAAAAGCUCCUUUUAUCAACAGUGAGGGGCCAAAUAGAUCUACGGAUAACAAAACAUUUGGUAUCGAUUACACAUCCAUGGAGACUAUAGGUGUAGACAUGGCACAUUCACUCCAAGGCUACUCGAGCAUGGUCAACAACCCCCAACUUAAUGAUAUUCGGACUUCUGUCAUAGGACAAAACUUUCCUUAUCAUCUUCACACAGACGUUCUGUUCCCUCAAGGUUACUUACUAAACACGUCAGAGCGAAACGAUCGCAUUCUAAAUAUUUUCGCAAAUGUUGCCACGGUCUUAUCAUCCAAGAUGCGUGCCCCUAACACUGAUUUUACUUCUGAGAACGUCUUAAAUUUCACUGGACAGGCCUGGAAAGAUGAGUCAUAUGUGCGUAUCAACUGGGGGUGGAUUUCAUUCCUGGCUGCCGAGAACGCGCUUGCGGCUGGCUUUGUAGUCCUUACAAUGAUAUACCAAUCAAGGCGUCAAAGAAACCACCAGAGGGAGAGCACUCUGGUUUAUGAGGAUGUUAAGGACUCCUCACUAGCCACGCUCGUCGCCUUGGGGGGCCAGUGCCGUCAGAGGAUGGGGGGUGGGCUGAGACCUCUGAACGAGCUUGAGAGGGCCGCAAAAGACCUACGGGUCAGGCUUGACGCACAGGAAGUUGUUCCAUCUGAAAGCUCAUGA